CCGCCGCCUUUUUUCUCCUCUCGAAGGAGGGGCUUACCUGAGCUUUGGUUUGCCCACCCUGAGAAAGAGAGGGGCGCUUCGAAGGGCCUCCUGGCUGCACCACUGCGGUUUGGAGAGGACAAGCCAGAAUUGCUGAGAUUGUAAACACAGAGUCCCCUCCGCGGCCACGCACGCAUGAACCACACGCAGGCUCUGAAGGGCUUUUCUUCUGACAGCGCGUGACGCUGGAAAGUGGCAGCUUGUCACGGUAAAGGGUCCGAAAGGGUUGGAGGACUGAGAGCUUAGCUUUCCCGAGGGCGGAUCCUAGAAAAGCGCAGGCCUUGAAUCUUCGUUGGGUUGUUAGUUUGCGAGUAUUUCUGGCUCGAGAAGCUUGUUUGGGAGCCGUUUAGAAACUGAUGGCCCUUGCCCACUGAUCAGCAAAAUCCUAUGCUUAAUUGAAUAUUUUCUUUCUCCAUCAGGAAUACGAGGCCGGGCAAGGACUCUUUGCUUAUCGAAGGUGGAGCAGUUUUCUCCCCCCCCCCAUCUUAGGGGAAGUAGCUUCUUCCCUGUUUUUUGAUAUCUGUGUUUCGGAGGCCUAGUAACUCUUUCCAGAAUGCAAAGAUGCACUUGAUGCUUUCCUGGGGGCCUGGUGUUCUUUAUGAACAGUAGUAGCACCCUGGGCUUGUUGAAUUUCAGACUCUCUUUUCCUAUAUUGGGGAGAGAGGCAGGCCGUGGAUUUUGGCUUUACAGUCAUCAUUGACCAAAAGAAAUGGAGGAGAAGGAGCGAUGUGAUCAAUUCAAUCUGACACUCCUAUGUUAAAUUCUCUUAAACUAUUUUUCAAGGCAAGAUCAGAGGAGAAGAGAACAAUAUACUAAAAGCAAUUUCUGCAAGUUAAGGAAGCAGGUAGGAGAAUGGAAGAAGAAUUAUUCAAAUUUUGAAGUUGCUUUUGCAGCUAUCAAGUAAAGAUAACAAUUGAAAUCAACCAUAGGUUUAUUAUUUGUGCUGAAGUUGUCUAUAAAGAAAAGGGCAGUUUGUUCUUUGUUUCUUUUGUACAAAAAGAACCUUCACAAACGUUAUCUCCAAUCUUCACAUCUACACUGCUUUAAAAAAAUGAGUUGCAUGCCAUGGAAAGGUGACAAAACAAAAUCUGAAUCGCCAGAAAUGCCACAGGUGAUGCCAGUGCACAUUUAUCAUGAAAAACAACGCAGAGAGCUAUGUGCCCUCCAUGCUCUUAAUAAUGUCUUCCAGGACAGCAAUGCCUUUACACGAGACACAUUACAGGACAUUUUCCAGAGGUUAUCUCCUAAUACCAUGGUGACACCACACAAGAAAAGUAUGCUGGGGAAUGGGAACUAUGAUGUGAAUGUCAUCAUGGCAGCUCUUCAAACCAAAGGUUAUGAAGCAGUUUGGUGGGAUAAACGCAGGGAUGUUAACGUAAUUGCCCUCUCUAAUGUCAUGGGUUUCAUAAUGAAUCUGCCCUCAAGCUUGUGCUGGGGUCCACUGAAACUUCCUCUUAAACGGCAACAUUGGAUCUGUGUCCGGGAAGUGGGAGGAGCCUACUAUAACCUUGACUCCAAACUCAAGGUUCCUGAAUGGAUUGGUGGUGAAAGUGAGCUCAGGAAGUUUUUAAGAAACCAGCUGCAAGGAAAGAACUGUGAACUUCUGCUGGUAGUACCUGAAGAGGUAGAAGUACAUCAAAGUUGGAGAGUUGAUGCAUGACCUGCAAAAUAUCUUAUCUUUGCACUACAGUACUGGUCCUUAUCCCUUCCAAUUUCUGAUGUCCUGUGAUGUGGAUAAUGAGCACUCUUCUCUUCCCAGGAACUUUGGAAUUCUUUCCAUUAUGAGGGUGCAAUAAGGCAGUCACAAGGUACUGUCAGGGCCAAACCAGACAGAUAAUAGAAGCUGGACUUACUAGGGGAAGAAGUAGAAGAAAGCCAGUUUUGCAUUCUUUCAUUAUAAUGCAUAGUGUGAAUUAGGAAUGGGGUAUUGGAAUCCUCUCCUUUAAUUUCUGAUUCACUUCCUUACCCAUCAUCCUAAAAUACUUUAUAUUGAAUUGCACACUACUGUCUCCAGGAGUCUCUACAGCUAGAUGGUUUGUCUCUCCUUCAGGGGAGGAUUGAGGCCAAGCAUGUUCCCUCCAUAUCUGACUCCCUUCUCUACCAAACUUAUGUUGAAGAAAUUUGCAAACGGUAUGGGUCUCUCAGGAAAUUUUAGAUACUCUUAGCAAUGGUAUGGUGCUUGCAGAUUCCCUUUUUAAAUAGCAAUUGUGCCAAGAGUUAAGGGGCAUAUUGACAAAACGGGACCAUAAUUCUAGAACUCCUAUUGGAGUUUGGGGCUUUUCUUUGUCCUACUUGAUAUUUUUGUUGGUCUGAGAAUGAAAGAAUGAAUAAUUUGGGGAGAUAAUUGAUGCUUAUUUUUUAAAAGCCUCAAAUAUUUUUGGUUAGGUAGGUCAGGUAUAGCCUAUUUUUAUUUAUCUUGUCUGUCCUGUAAUUCAGGGAAAUAAUUCACUGAGCAGGGAAUAUAUCUACAGACUGCUUGAGGAUGAAAUCAUGACAUAAAAGGAAAUCAUAGCCAAGUUUUAGCAAAGUAGGACGCUGUUGAAAGGGCAAAUGUUAAUUUUACAAGCUAUAAUGGGGAACAAAUCUAAGGAUUAGAUUUUUGUUGCUCCUAUUUCAGCUGGUAAUAGCUGAGGUAAAAAGCUUCUAGGGAAGUUUGAUGCGGGUAGAUGAAGACUAUUUAAAACAGGUAGGCUGAGUCACAUUCUUCCAUUCCGUCUGGCAGGAAAACAUAACCUGUUUCCCACUAAAUUAAUAAAAGAGCUGAAGUCUGGCAAUAACCUUAUUAGUUUUCCCUUUCACUUCAUCUAAGUGUGCCUCAUUUAUUCUUGCCACGGGUUUACCCUGUUGCAUUUUUCAUUAUUACUUUGUACCAGUGUCAUUUACAUUAGUAUUGGAACAUCAAAAAUAGGACCCAUAUUUCCAGCAUCACCUAGUAAAGGAAAGAUGAAAGUAGCCCUUGUAACUUUCAAGGAUGCCUUUUGGUUUCCAUUUUGAGUAAGAGCAAGAUAGACACCUUUUAAUUUGGUAUUUGAACUCUCCUUUCACAAUCAAAUACUUUGGAGAUGAGAAUGAGAUCAAGAUGAAUCUUGUUUAAUGAUGCCUGGAUAACUUGCAGCCAUUAUAGUGGGAAACUGAGUUGGCUCUUCUCUGCAUGUACUGCAGUCCAAACACAAUACUUCUAUUUUAAUAGAAGCUCUCUUUUCUUCUGGACUAUACAUUCCAGUGACAAAACCAGCUGACAUAAUUUGUAUACAUACAUUUUUCAUCAGCAGAACAUCAGGCCUGAAGUUCUGCUUCUGACUUGAAGCCAUUUUUUUCAUGAGACUAUUCUCUAUGCUGACUAAAAUAGCACUUUGGAGAGACCCUGUUUGCAUGGAAGCCAAUGGACCAGUGCAUAAUAUACAAAUACCUUUAAAACAUAAGGCUAUUUCUUUCCUCUCUGUAUACUGAUGUCAUUGUUCUGGCCAUAGGGAAAGCAGUGUGAUUCAGCAGCUCAGGAACAGGGAACAUGUAAUCACACGCACUUCUGGACCAGAGUUAUGGCAUGAGAGGAGAAUGAUCAGCCCAGUCCAAUUGCUUGGGAAUGGGAAAGCCCAUGGUUGUUUUCUUGCUUGUUUGGUUUUGUUAUAGCCUUGUCUUGGGUUUGUUUACAGAGAUGUAUUUUGUUUAACUAAAUAUUAAAAAUGAGAAAACCUUUCCAAGUGUCCUGACACUUUUGUGUGAAAUUGAGCUGCUCUGCAUGAAUGUAAAAGGGGGGAAAUUUUGCACCUCAUAAACCCAACUUAGUUUACAUGCACACAUUCUAUCUCAGACUAUAACUUAGGACAGAUAUAACUAACAACCUUUACUUUUCCUCACCAGUAUUUAAGAUAUUCUACCCACUGAAAAGUUCAGCUCAAAAAUCAUUUUAUAACCCUGGAAUUGGCCUAAUGAAAUUAUUGCUUUAUUAAACAUUUAUAUUCCCCCCCAAGGCCAGCUCAGCUACCUUGAUUUUUUAAAAAGCUAUUGAUUCAAAGCUGAAGACUUAAGACUGUGCUGGUAGCCUUUUAAUACCCAGCUUGAAAAUAUGGUUCAACAGAGAACCUAUUGCCAGUGUGGUCAACUUUUUAUCAUAGAAUGCAAUUAAGCAGAAAGUGAAUAGCCACCACUAGAAAGGCUUCAGAGGUGGCAACUUUGAAUUCUAUGGUUAAAGCUGAAAUAAUGAAGAAAACAUUCCAUGGUUGCACUCAAACUAUUUAAUACAAAAUUGCUGUAGCUGACUUCAGUACUAAUAGAUGCAGCAGAAUUGGUGAAAAUGAUUAUCCAGCUUCCCUCAUUAUU